GUUUAAUAAACCAAUUUAAUCGAACAAAUUUGUUUCUGUUUUAUCACAUUUAUUAAACGUUAACACGUGGCUUUUUAUUGUGAUUUUGUGAUAUUUUGAUCUUGUGAUUUUGUUACUUUGUGAACCAUUUUGAAAAUUUUGAAGAUUUUGGAACCUGAAGUUAUUAAAAAUUUGCCAAUAUGAUUUCUGUCCCCGACGAAUUAAAGAAAAAAUUAACAGCGUGUCGAAGAAGCGUAUCUCGAUUGACCGAUUGGAGAUGGGAUAUUGAACGGGCAGAAGCUUUGCGUACAGAAUUGAGGGCUUUGAACGAUGAAUUGUUUGAUUUGAUUCCAGAAAAUGAAGAAGUUCCAUCAGAAAUUGAAGAAAAAGUAGAAUAUUACAACGUGAAACUGGAUCGUUAUAUAAAUCGAUUGAAGUCACCAGUUUCUAGCUUUUCGUCAUCUUCAAUUCGUAAUGACAAUGCGAUGUCUUUAGAUGAAUCUUCUAGUUCUAUGGUACGUAACGAACAUAUAAAUGUAAAUCUGGAUGCUGAGGAUGGCGAUAAUGUGUCUCACGGUGGUCGUGUUAAUAAUUCGGAUGAUUCACAUGAUUCUGUGCUACCUAAUGAUCUUGGACAGAAUUUUGCUAAUUUAUCGCUUUCGAAUACUUAUCGUCCGAUAAAAACUGAUCAGUUGCCUAGUUUCGAUGGAAAAUAUGCGAAUUGGAAUUCGUAUAAAAUUAUGAUCGAAAAUUUAUUGAUUAAGAAUGAUAUGAUUUCGGAGGAUUUAAAAAAAUCUAUGCUAUUGAAAACUGUGAAAAACGAACCGGAACGUAUAAUGUCAAUUUUAAUUGGUCAACGAUUGUCUUUAACAGAAAUUUGGUCUAAAAUCUGUGCAAAAUUUAAUGAUCCUCAGCGGGCCAUUUUGGAAAUAAAAAACGAUUUGAAAUUGAUACCAAAAAUUGAAUCUGAAAAUGAA